UUAGCUGGCAGCGUGGCAAUGGCUGAUUGGUUAGAAGCUACGCUCCCCUUACCUCGCGAGAGGAACCACGGAACGAAUCGUUGUCGCGCAGUGUACAUUCGAUCAUGCGACGCGAACAAACCUGUGGUCAAACGUGAUACUUCCAUACCUAUGGCAGAGAGUUUGAAAUACUUAUCGAUUUUAUAACCUCAAACGUGUGAUUAAAUUUUAUGGUUUAUAUACAUAUAUAUUGUGAUUAAUAUAAUAUCUGUCACGCAUUUAAUAUGACUAAAAAUCAUAAGCAUUCGAAACGUUUAAAAUCAGAAAAGGCAAAAAUAAAAUUAAAGAGUAAAAAAUCCAUCAGCCAACUACCAAAGGGCUUAAACAUUACUGAUGCAUCAUUUAAAAUAAAGAAAAUUUUAAUACGUGAACAAUUACAACAUCGAGAUGAAACAGAAGUUCUCAGCACUCACAAACUCAAUAUUAAAGAUCUCUUGACGCGACUUCGGCAUCAUAAUUCGACAAUAAGAGAAGAAACUUUAAGACAACUAAAAGACAUCUUGUUACGAUAUCCUCCGAAAAUUCUGCAUUCACAAUUGAAUUCUUUAUUACGCGGGGUGGCGGCUUUAUCUCUUGAUAGAGAGAAAGAUGUACGAAGAGAUUCGUUACAUGCAUUGAAUUUAAUUCUUGGCCCUAUCUCAAACGAGCAAAUAACACCCUAUUGUAAUAUUUUAAUUUCUUAUUUAAGCUGUGCCAUGACGCAUAUUGAUUCGCGUAUAAAAGAGGAUUCUUUACUUUUCUUGGAUGUACUUAUGGAAAAUUGUGGUAGUGUAUUAGCAAAGGACGGCCAUAAAAUUUUACCCAAUUUUUUGGGAAUGAUAUGUAGAUUACAUAGUGAAAUUAAACCUGGCAGACAAUUAACAACGACUUUAAAUUCUAAAAGUACAAAUAUUAAAUGGACGAUUAAGAUCAUGAAACGUAUGGCAAAUGUAUUUACCUCUGUAGUAAACUAUGAAAAGCAUUGUACAAAUGUACACUUGAAUGCUCCUUUAACAAUGCUUAUAGAGUCAAAGAGAUAUACUAAAUAUGUUCCGAUUUAUAGCAGUAGUCCAGCUCAAAUUUGCAAAAUUGAUCUUGACAAAGAUCUAAGCUCAGAAAAGAGUUAUGCAGAAGAAACUUUCUCUAUAGAAGAAUUCAUAAAAUAUGUAGAUUUAUUGAUGCCAUUAAUAUUUGACAUUUGGUUCGAAGUAUAUCCAAAUGAAAGAAUUGAAAAUUACACAGAAACCAUAAUUUCCAGUGAAGCGGCUAUGUUAUUGAAAAGUAUCAUUGAAAUUCUAGACUCUAUUAUCGAGUACAUAGAAAUAUCGGCUCGCGAUGAUUAUGACGCUGAGCAUAUAAAAUAUUGGUUCAAAGAUACAUUUCAUGAUGGAUAUAUGAAGAAUUUUUUAUCGAGAUUUCCAUACAGCCAAAUGAAACCGCCCAUUAAUGAAUCCAGAAAACAUCAAGAAGAUUUUUCUCAAACUGCAUUUACCAAAGGAUGUUUAGAACAAAACUUGGCGCUUUCUCGGAUUCAUGUAUGGUUUACAUCUCUGAAUAAUUACAAUAAACAGCUUCCUAAGCCUGUUAAAGACCAUUGUAUUUCUAUUAUGAAAUAUUUAAAUGAUACAAUUGAAAAUUGGUGCGAUUUAUCCGCAUUAUUACAAUUAACUAAACUUCUAAAAACUUUAUAUUUGAAAGCAAGUUCUGUUUGGUAUGCAAACUGUAUUGAUUUAAGUCAUACAUUGCAAUUGAUUAUAGAAGCAUCUUCUCGGUCAUCUAAUAGGGAACUACAAUCACAAUUAUCUCUGAUUAUUGGUGAUGUUAUGUUAGAAUGUAAUUUAAAUUUGCUACAUAGAGAAGAAAUAUUCAAAAAUUUUGUUACAACUUUACCGAGCUUACUUCUAAGACGAAGCAUAGAUGAUGUCACAAUUCGAAUGAUUAGUCAGAUAACUCUACGUUUUAAGGAAUGGAUACAAAAAGAAUUAAUAACAAAACACAAGGCUAUUAUUGAAAAUGCAAAAAGAAUUGAUAUUAUAGGUUCGCACAAUGAUAAAGAGUCUAGACUUAUAAUCUGUAAUUUAUAUUACUUUAUGGAUUCAUAAGUUUACUAUUAAAUAAUACUAUUAAAACAACUCGAUUAAUUUGUUUAAAUACAAGAUGAAAUAUAUAUUUUUUAAAUAAAUCUUAAUAAAUCUAAUGACAUUAUAUGAGAAUAAUA